AGCCCAAUUCUGCAGCUCCCAGCGGCGAACCGAGCGGAAGGCCGGAAGCCCUCGCCCCUACGCACCAAAACCUCGCGAAGCGACCGGCCGCCGGCGCCGCCCUCGAAGCAAGAGGAGAAGUGGAGCAAGAUGUCGUUCCGGGCGAGAGAGAUGUACAAGAAGGUGGUGCGGCGCGUGGGAGGCGAGGGGAAGCUGCCGGCGGAGCUGAUGAAGUCGGUGAAGGACAUGCUCCCCAACAGCAAGGUCGUCAUGGGGCGGGCCAAGCGCGGCAUCUUCGCCGGCCGCCACAUCCAGUUCGGGAAUAAGGUCUCCGAGGACGGCGGCAACAAAUCAAGGCGAUCAUGGAAGCCAAAUGUUCAGGAGAAGCGUCUCUUCAGCUAUAUUCAUGACCGUCACAUUAGAGUUAAGGUUACCACACAUGCACUUCGGUGCAUUGACAAAGCUGGUGGUAUAGAUGAAUACCUCCUGAAGACACCUUACAAGAAAAUGGAUACUGAGAUGGGGAUAGCGUGGAAAGCAAAGAUUGAAAAGAUGUAUUCAGAGCUGGCUGAAAUGGAAGUAGGCUUCUUCCCUCCUGAGGAAGAGGCUAAAAUUGACCAGGGUUUUGACGAGGUCCGUGCUGCCAAGAGAGACUUCCGUAGGGAAGCAAGAAGAGCUUUGGCAAAGCAAAGGCAGUUAGAAGCAGGUGAAGACCAAACAACUGAAGUCACAGACAAAAAGGAAGAGGUAUCUACUACUGCUGCUGCAGCUUGAACCUGAACUUUUGUACCUGUCUUUGAAUGAUAAAUGGAGGCAGCAAAAUAUUGGUUGUUCCUGGCAAAUAAUGGAAGGCUUACUCUUGAUAUAAACUGGGCAAAUUUUUGGGAGCAGCAGUGUAUGUUAAGCCAACCUCUCUUCUAUAUCAACAUCUUAGUGUUGUAAGAACUCCUAUUUUGGUGGAAAUUUUGUACAACCAUUGAAUACUCAAGACUCAAGAGCCUGAAUUGAGGUAGUUUAUCAUGUAGAAUUUCUCUAUUUACUGCAGCUGCCACACCAACUAAAUUGUUGAAAUAAUAGCGAUUAACAACCUAGCUCAUUUCUGUUACAUUCUUAUUAUUUAUUGCUUGCAAGUAAGCAAAAUGAAUGCUUCACUAGUUUAGUUUGUAGUGUCGAAAGAUCUGGUGCAAAAAAAAUAAAAAUAAAAUUCGGUGAACAAUUAUCAUGAACUCGCAUGCUUGCUGUUAUGCUGCUACUUAUGUCAUGACCAAUAUUUGCCUCCUUAGACAGAAAACUCAAUUUGAUUCCUUUCUUAUGUACCUGGAUCUCGUAUUAUUGUUGUUGGUAUUGAUUUCUGAUUAUCACAUCUGCUUGGGAUUGUUCUUGUCAAGACCUCACGAUAGCAUCAUAGUUAAGUGUUUGUUGAUAUAAUAUCAACAGGAGAUGGUACAUUGCCGGCUCCAUAUGAACAAACACAA